UCAUGCUGCUGCCAGGUCCACAGUGUCUCAUGGGUCCCUGUACGGCCUCCCAUUGCUGCUGUCUCCAUCGCCACACUCUGCCAUGUGCCACUUUCAGGUCUCCUCACACUGCUGGUGUGUUCCAUUUUGUCAUAGGGUGCUGGCAGAUUACGGGCCUCCCAUUGCUGCUGCCAGGCCCGUAAUCUGCCAUGGGCCCCUGUACCGCCUACUAAUGCUGCUGCCAGGUCCAGAGUGUGUCAUGGGUCCCUGUACGGCCUCCCAUUGCUGCUGUCUCCAUCGCCACACUCUGCCAUGUGCC